AUUUAUUUAGUUCUGUUUUCAUAAUCAUUGACAUCAUUAAUGCAGCAUUGUGGUUCUCACCAUAUUAGUUUUAUUAUUUUUUUAUUUAGAGAUACUGCAUGGUAACAGGCCCAACCAGUCUGCGCCACCCAAUAUGAACCAUGCGAUCAAUUAACCAACCCAUUCAUUUUUGGAAUGUGGGAGGAAACCGGAGGACCCGAAGAAACCCAUAUGGUUACAGGGAGUACAUGCAAACUCCUUACAGAUAGUGAGAGAAUUGAACCUGGGUCACUGGCACUGUAAUAGCAUUAUGCUAACCACUAUACUCCUGUGCCAUGCCACGUUGAAAUGGAUCUCUUCUAGUUUCACUGCUGCACAAGAUUAAAUGGACCAUAAUUUUUACCUUUGCACCCUCAGAGCUUGGCUUUAUAUAACAAAACACAAGGAAAUAAAUAUUUUGCAUUAAAAAAAUUCCGUACAAUUUAACAAGGAGCGGACGAGUUGCUUGGUAAUCUUCUGAUGCUGUUGUGCUGCUUCUGUUACCCUGCACACAUUAUGUUUAUGGAAGUAUCGGUGCUGAUUUAUGAUCAGGUUUUUAAAGUGCAACAAGGAUAUAAUAAUAAAAUUCAUCGCGAUGAUCGAGAAUACAGCCACAGCCAAGGUCUAAAUGUGAAUGCAGAGGAGAAAGCUCGAACAAUUCCAGUCUUAUCAUCAUCACUCUAUGGUAAUCGUCCCCAACUCGAGCAAACCAAUCGUACCUUUGUCAGAAUUGCCCGAGUGCAAACAGAAUUUUACAGAAGAAAUGGCAUUGCUAACAAUCUGGAAGAGAAUUAGGAAUAAAAAGAAACACGGGAGUAACAUCAGAUUGAUUAUUGCUUCAAUGCAGCUGACAUUUUAAAUAAAUGUAUCUCUCUCUUUUUUUAUUGUAGAGAAUUCCUAAUUAAAAAUUGGAACUUUACACUUGA